GUGCCUGGAGGAGAGGCUGCCCGCCACAGCUUCCUCAGUCCAGCAGAGAUUCCAGAGGGUCUAUUGGACUAGUGCGCUGCACGGUGCCCACUGUACACCCCCACCUCCCGGCCUUACCCAGCGUGACGGCUCAGCAUGGCACAGGCCUCAGGGAUGGACCCGCUUGUGGACACGGAGGACGAAAGGCCCAAAUGGGACAACAAGCUCCAGUACCUCCUGAGCUGCAUCGGCUUUGCUGUGGGGCUGGGUAACAUAUGGAGGUUCCCCUACCUGUGCCAGACCUACGGGGGAGGGGCUUUCCUCAUUCCCUAUUUCAUCGCUCUGGUCUUUGAGGGGAUCCCACUCUUCUACAUCGAGCUUGCUAUCGGCCAGCGCCUACGAAGGGGCAGCAUUGGAGUGUGGAAGACCAUUUCCCCCUACCUUGGUGGAGUAGGCCUGGGCUGUUUCUCAGUGUCCUUCCUGGUCAGCCUGUACUACAACACCGUUCUUCUGUGGGUCCUAUGGUUCUUCCUCAACUCCUUCCAAUACCCGCUGCCCUGGAGCACAUGCCCAUUGGAUCUCAACAGAACAGGAUUUGUGCCGGAGUGCCAGAGCAGUGGCACUGUGAGCUACUUCUGGUACCGGGAGACUCUGAACAUCACAUCUGACAUCAACAACACAGGCACUAUCCAGUGGAAGCUGUUUCUCUGCCUGAUAGCCUGCUGGUCAACUGUGUACCUGUGUGUCAUCAGAGGCAUCGAGAGCACAGGGAAGGCAAUCUACUUUACAGCCCUGUUCCCUUACCUGGUGCUGACCAUCUUCCUCAUCAGAGGUCUGACUCUGCCUGGAGCCACAGAGGGCUUGGCCUACCUGUUUACUCCUAAGAUGAAGAUUCUUCAGAACCCACGGGUGUGGCUGGAUGCAGCCACCCAGAUUUUUUUCUCCCUCUCCCUGGCCUUUGGAGGACAUAUUGCUUUUGCAAGCUACAACUCGCCCAGGAACAACUGUGAGAAGGACGCCGUGACCAUUGCCCUGGUCAACAGCAUGACCUCCCUGUAUGCAUCCAUCACCAUCUUCUCCAUCAUGGGGUUCAAGGCAACCAAUGACUAUGGGAGGUGCCUGGACAGAAACAUCUUGAGCCUCAUCAAUGAGUUCGACUUUCCAGAGCUUAGCAUCUCCAGAGAUGAGUACCCAGCUGUCCUCAUGUACCUAAAUGCCACUCAGGCUGAGAGAUUGGCCCAACUCCCCCUGAAGACCUGCCAUCUGGAAGACUUUCUGGAUAAGAGUGCCUCGGGUCCAGGCCUGGCAUUCAUCGUUUUCACAGAAGCCGUCCUGCACAUGCCAGGUGCUUCUGUGUGGUCUGUGCUCUUCUUUGGGAUGCUGUUCACCCUGGGUCUGUCCUCCAUGUUUGGGAACAUGGAGAGUGUCAUCACACCAGUAUUUGACAUGGGGAUCUUACCCAGAGGUAUCCCUAAAGAAGCCAUAACUGGGAUGGUCUGCCUUGUCUGUUUCCUCUCGGCCAUCUGCUUCACACUGCAGUCUGGGAACUAUUGGCUGGAGAUCUUUGACAGUUUUGCAGCUUCUUUGAAUUUGAUCAUUUUUGCCUUCAUGGAGGUGGUUGGGGUCAUUUACGUUUAUGGGAUGAAGCGGAACAUUUCCCUUCAAGAGAGGAGAAGCUCUACCCUGGCUGGGUGCAGGUCAUCUGUGUGCUCCUGUCCUUCCUGCCCUCAUUGUGGGUCCCAGGAGUUGCUCUGGCUCAUCUAUUGUACCAGCGCAGGCAGAGGUGGAAGGAUACACAGCUGGAAAGUGGUCUGAAGCCUCAGGAGAGCAGAGGCUGCUGAAGGGCAGAGCCAGGGUAGACCAGGGUGGGGAGGUAGACUUGUGCUACUCAGACCCAGCCUCAUUACACGCUGUCCCCGACUGAGACCACGUGAUUAUUGCUUUCCCAGCAUUCAGCAUGGUGGAAGACUCAUAGUUCAGGGUAGCUGCUUGUUGUCCAGUGGGCAUCUGUGUGAUGCCAUUCCUCCACAUCUAGGUUCCACAGGGUGCAAUUUGUGUGGACACCACUUCCCCCUGAAAUCCAUGCUGAGUGGGGAAGCCCUGAGUGUACUUAGUUGGCAGUGGCAGGACUGUGGAAUCCAUUUUCUAUGAGUGGUCUCCACAUUACUAAUUCCAGAAAUCCAGCCCUAAUGCUGGUCUUCAAAGAAGAGCUGAGCUCAGUGGGAGGAAACUGACAGGCAGGAAAUCUCUUCCUCCUCCCCUAUCAGCCUGAAGUUACCACAUCUGUGAAGAGACCCACAAGUACAGAUCAGAAACCAUUAGAGAACCCCUAUCACACGUCUACAACCAGUGUCACAGGGGUGAGGUGGGACGGCACAAGCCAAGGAGGUACCGACUGUAUCACUGACUCGCCAUACAUAUUGCCAUUUUUGUUUUUUAAGCAUCUAUUUUUUGCUUGUCAAGAAAGAGCAGAAAGGCUACUGGUCAGUCAGUUUCUACUCUCUCAUGAGAGUGAUAAUCAUUUAUUCACUCACAUCUGUUCACUCACUGUGACACUUUACUGCCCAGUCCUCUGCAGCCUGCAGGCAAAGCCAUGACUUCAGAAUCACAGAAGGGCUUUUUCUCAGUUCCCCAGUGCUCAGAGACUCCCUCCUCUCUCCCUCUUGUCCUCUUGUUUUCUGCCCCUUAUAUCAACACUGUGAGAUCAGGGUCAUCUUUGAAGCCUGGAGCCCUGGACAAAGAUGUCCACUUCUGAUUAGUCCCCAUAGAGCCAUCUACACCAACUAGUGGCUUUGUGAUGUCAAUAACUGCCCAGACACAACAGACCAUGGUGUCUUGAAGGAGAUCGUGCCAGAUAUGCUGCUCAUGGUGCUGACAUUUUAAGCAAGAAAGGUUUAUGUGUGAAAAUCUGUCUUAAUGGAAGCCAUCUUUGUCAUGGCCAGAUCAAAGUAAACACAGAGGUUUCUGGGACUGUUCACCUGCGGAUCUGCUGAGCACCACACAUGGAAUGAAUCCCAGGGUGCCCAACCCUAAGUGCUCAAGCCUACCGAGGGUUAAAUCCUGACCUUGGUCCAGCAUCCUGGACUGUGACAACUGUCCAUGCCCACCAUUCUGCCAUUGACAAAUGCUCUUGAUAAGCAGG